AUGACUGAGCAAAUUGAAGCAAGUGUGAUUGACAAGGAUCUACGCACUUGGAUCAUACCAGACUUUACCACGACAACCAAGUCUGACACAGUUACAGCGGCAGUCCUAAUGAUGGGCGCUAUGCAGAAGUUCUUCUCAUACAAGGUGAUGCUUAAUGGAAUCCCGUCUGUGACCCUUUUGGGUGAACGAGAGGAUUGGGUAAAGCUCGUGAACAAACUUGAUAAGCUUCAUCAGCUAGGCGACGAGCCUGCACGAUUCGGCCAGCUUCUUCGUCCUAUCCUGAACCAUUUUGUUGCUUGCUUUGAUAGCCCGCAAUCACCCGAGUCAACUGCCUUCUGGAGUAAAUGUGCCGCCAGAGAUGCCUAUGGAAGUGGGUCAGACGAAUUGUCGGGUUAA